AUGGCAGAAUCUGGUGAAGCCAUUUACAGAGGGCCAAAAGGAACUGAUGUAAAAGAAGUUUGUUAUGGCUUAUGGAAAAUUAAAGCUAAAUAUAAAGAGGACUUCACAACAACUGGAACUGCAUAUUUUGAGCUUAAGAAAGAUGAGCCAGUGGAAAGGCCCGCUCAUAUCUCAUUAGAACCAGAAAAACCCUUCAUCAGCCAUAAGAACAUUGAGGACUUCAAGAUUACUAUAAAAGCUAGUUCUAUUGAUGGUCAAAAUGUACGUGAGGCUGAAGUUUUUGCCCUCUUUCGGAUAAUAGAAGAUUUAAAUGAUACUAGAAAGGACAUGAUGUUUGCAGGCAUUGAAAAAACAAAGUUGGUGAAUGGAGUUGCAGAAAUCAAUUUUAAUACUUCAAAGGCAGUUAACCUGUUAAAUAAAACUAUAGAAGUUGUAAAUUACAAGUACUUGAACAUAUUUGUGGAUAUACAAGAAAUUGUUGCAGGUGACUACACCAUUGAUAAAAACAAAGGAAUUAAUGUCAAAUACUUCCUCUUUCCCUACACAUUGGAUCUGGUUGCUACCCCUCUUUUCUUGAAGCCUGGACUUCCAUUUUCCAUCAAGGUACUGGUGAAGGAUGCCACUGGCAAUGUUGUAACUGGGAUGGCGAUAACCUUGAGUGCAAAAACGGUGGAUCAAACUCAGGAGAAGACAGAUCUGGGCCUAAGGAAAAGCACAACAAAUUCUGAUGGCAUAGCCUCUUUUGCGAUUGACAUUCCCUCUGAUGUAACAACUCUGGAGUUUCAGGUGAGAACGGAUGAUCCAGAACUUCCAGAGGAAUAUCAGACCAGCAAUCACUAUCAAGCAGUGGCUUAUUCAUCCCACAGCCAAAGUUUCCUUUCCCUCAGCUGGCCAGACAGUUACAAGAGUUUGCUGGUGGGAGAGCAGCUGAGCGUAACUGUCACUCCUAAAAGUCCUCAUGCUGACAGGAUUACACACUACAAUUACCUGAUUUCAUCUAGGGGGAAAAUUGUAAACUUUGGUACACAGAAGAAACUCCCAGGUUCAUCUUUCCAAAUUUUGAACCUUACCCUGACUCAGCACAUGGUGCCUACAGCCUGUCUUUUGGUCUAUUACUUUGUCAUAGAAGAUCAGAUGACAGAAUUAGUGUCUGACUCAGUCUGUCUAAAAGUUGAAGAAAACUGUGAUAGCCAGUUUCAGAUUUGUGUAUCUUCAAACAGAAAUACACCUUCUCUCGGAAAAGGUAUCUCUUUAACUAUGGAAACUCAAUCAGAAGCGUGGGUAGUAUUAUCAGCAGUGAACAUUUCUACAUAUCUCCCUGAAGGAAGAUGCAAAAACCCCACAAAAGGAGUUAAGUACAUGCUGACCUACUUGGUAUAACACAGGGCCAAGGGACCUCCAUGUUUCUCUCAGGAGUCUAUGGUUUACUCCUAGGAGAAUAAA